AUGCACUUCUCCACCUCUGUACUCGGCAGCAUUGUUGCUUUCUGCGCAACUGCCAAUGCCGCCCUUACCCGUGUCAAUGACUUUGGAGCCAACCCUUCCAACCUCCAGAUGAACAUCUAUGUUCCUGCCAAACUUGCGACCAAGCCCGCUAUCAUCCUGGCCCUGCACUACUGCGGUGGUACUGGAGAAGCUUACGCUCAAUCUACAAAAUACAACAGCCUAGCUGAGCAGAAAGGUUUCAUCAACAUCUUCCCGUCCACCAAGAAAGACAACAACUGUUGGGAAGUCAACACUGCCAAGGGCCUCUCUCGCGAUGCCGGCGGUGACAACCAAGGCCUGAACAACAUGAUCCAGUACACCAUCAAGAAGUACGGUGCCGACCCGGCCAAGGUCUUUGUCACUGGAAGCAGCUCCGGGUGUAUGAUGACCAACGUCAUGAUGGCGACCUACCCCGAUGUCAUCGCUGCAGGAUCAUGCUAUUCCGGUGUCGCAGCGGGCUGUGUAGCAGGCAGCCCCGGCGCCAGCCCAAGCACUGCAGACCCUCGAUGCGCAAACGGCCAAGUCAUCAAGACGCAAGCGGAAUGGGUGGCACAGGUCAAGGCCAUGUACCCAGGCUACACUGGCACCUACCCUCGCAUGGCGACAUGGCACGGUACUGCUGAUACCUUGGUCAAGAUUCCAAACUUGGGCGAGCAACUUAAGGAGUGGAGCGGGCUGUUGGGUGUUUCGUUCACAAAGAACGUGACGAACACCCCGCAGAGCGGAUAUACACAAAUGGUGUAUGGAGAUGGAACCAAACUUGUAGGAUACAGCGCGUUGAAUGUGGGACACACUGUACCAGUACACGAGGCGGAGGACAUGAAAUGGUUUGGACUCUGA